UGUAUUAUUAUUUUUGUUAGUGGUAGAUGAGAAACGAUAAGGGUGGGACGAUGAUAAUGGAGCAAAGAAGCAGCCGACCAAAUCUGGGAACUCUCUUCAAACAAUCUGAGCCUUCUUUGUUCUCUUUUAACAACAACUUCAAUUUUGAAGACGAGCUCCCUCGUCGGAAAAGCAGUGCGUCUAUGGCCAGUCCGAGGUAUUCAAACAGCACGACGACGAGCGGCGAGGGUUCUCCUUACAAUUACAUCAUGUCUCCAUGGAACGAGGCUUCUCCCUACACUAAAUCUCCAUGGAUUACCGCGUCGGUACUCGAGACAGAUUUUGGCCAAAACGGGCUUAUUGCGUCUAUUUUAAGAGAAGAAGGUCAUAUUUACUCUUUAGCUGCAUCUGGAGGUUUGCUGUAUACGGGCUCCGAUAGCAAGAACAUCCGUGUGUGGAAGAACUUGAAUGAUUUCUCGGGUUUUAAAGCUAAAAGCGGUCUGGUUAAAGCCAUUAUCAUUGUGGGUGAUAGAGUGUUCACCGGUCAUCAAGACGGUAAAAUCCGAGUCUGGAAGGUUUCAACGACGAAGACGAACGGUGGUGUUCAUAAAAGAUUCGGCACUUUGCCGACAUUCAAAGACGUCCUUAAAAGCUCGGUUAAACCUAAGAACUACGUUGAAGUUCGGAGAAACCGAAGUGUUCUCCGAAUCAAACACUUCGAUGCGGUUUCAUGCUUGAGCUUGAAUGAAGAACUCGGGCUGUUAUAUUCAGGGUCAUGGGAUAAAACUUUGAAAGUUUGGCGGCUGGCGAACUCGAAAUGUUUGGAAUCCAUCGAUGCUCACGACGAUGCAAUCAAUUCCGUGGUUGCCGGAUUCGAUAGCCUGGUGUUCACGGGAUCGGCGGACGGGACGGUGAAGGUGUGGAAAAGAGAGUUAGAAGGGAAAGGGACGAAACAUUUCCUGGUUCAAUUGUUGUUGAAGCAAGAGAACGCGGUGACUGCAUUGGCCGUUAACCAAGAAUCGGGUGUGGUCUACUGUGGUUCAUCGGACGGUCUUGUCAACUUCUGGGAACGUGAAAAGCACCUUUCACAUGGUGGGAUCUUAAGGGGCCAUAAAAUGGCUGUCCUCUGCUUGGCCACGUCUGGGAAUUUGGUGUUUAGCGGGUCAGCCGAUAGGAGCAUAUGCGUGUGGAGACGAGAAGAAGGUUGUGUCCACAAUUGCCUCUCGGUCUUAUCCGGUCACACAGGUCCCGUAAAAUGCCUUGCCGUCGAAGAAGACGAUGGAACGUCCACUAAGACUGACCGUAAAUGGAUUGUUUACAGUGGCAGUCUGGAUAAGUCCGUCAAGGUGUGGCGCGUGUCUGAACACGCAUCAGACAUGAAGGUGAUUAAACAAGGUUUCCUUAACAGUUAAACGUCAAAGUCAAAAAGGUCAGACAAAACGAAGGAAGAUUCCCACGCGCAGCCGCGGGGGCUUUGUUGAUUAGUGGUCCGGUCCUUUCGUGAACCAAUCCUUUCCCUUGAAGGCAACUUUUGGUUGGUGUGGACGGUGCCACGUGUAAAAAAGACUUUUUUUAAAAAAAACCAAGGCCAGCUCUGUAAGAA